AUCCUGACUGAUUUAUGCAUAAAUUCUACUAAAUCACAAUGAGUCCACACUUUUGGUGUCUCUUGCUGUGGACAUUGCUGAAACCGUAUGUUGAGGCUAGUGUAAAUAAAAGUUCGAUGGAUAAACUUGGCUUACACAAUUACAAUGAUAUUGUGCGUGAUUUGAUCAAGAAUUGGGAGUCACCAAUUGUGUAUCUGCGCCAGCUGGGCUAUUUGCCCAGCGACUAUGUGGAUACAUCGAAAAUCAAACCCAAUCUGGAUGCACUGAUGGAUCGCAUAGAUCGAUACGAUCAGCUGGAAGCAUUAAGCCCCAACUCAGCUGACCAGGUCGACAAAUCCAAAGAGCACAUCUGGGGAACAGUAGACACAAAAAACCAGAAGAUGGUAAAGAAACGAGAGAUGAAAAGCGUAGACUAUCCCACUGUGGAUCAGCUGAUGGAGAUGACACAGCACUUCAAGCCAGAUCAGAGCGCCUUGAAGCAGGCUGAAAAUGCUCAAUUGCUGCAGCGUCUGGUGGAGAAAACGAGUCCGGCUGGGCAGCAGGCGCAGGAUAAUGUUGCCACCGCCGGGCCAGUUGCAACGGCAGCAGCGAGUGCUCAAUUUACUCUCAUGCCAAAGUUGGCAAUGCUGAAACUCUUGAGUGGCAACAUCGAUAAAGAACCAACACAGAUCCUGAGUGGAAUAUCGGAAAGUGGGGCAAACAGCGCGAUGAGUAUUGGCCAGGAUCAAGCGCAGCCCAAAAUCAACGUGCUGCCGGAUAUUGAAGCACCACAAUAUCUAAAUUGGGACGUUGCCAACAAAAAACUCAAAGAAGCGUCGCCCUUUGCCAAAGAUGCCUAUGUGGAUAAGCUGGUGGAUAUAUUUGUCAAGAGGCAGAAAGCACUGAAUAUAUUACAAAACAAACAGAGCGACAACACUUAAAGAUCUCAAUCUGUGCAUGUUUGUUAAUUGCUAUAUGCCCAUUUAUUAUGCAAAUUCCAUAAUUGGUAUACAGUAAAUUGUGUUGAGCUGCCAAUUACAAAUCCCUGACUCAUCAGGGCAGAAGGGGAUGUUUUACGAUUCAUUUUCUGCUAAUUCCGACGUCAUAUCCAUGGCAUCAUCAGAAUUACGUAUACGCUCCGUAGUCAUAAUAAUUAUGUUGUGUUUAUGGCACGAGGUGCCAAGCAACACAGAAGUAAAUCAGUGCAGGGAUUAUGAGGGUGUGUGAGCAGCUGCUGGUGUCCAAAAUACGGCGAUGCCUCAGCGAAAGUACAGGAAAAUCUAAAUAUCGCAUUAGAUUAGUAAAGUGUAUAUUUUACUGGGUAUUUGACAUCUGUUCUAUAAUUAUCAAACUGCUCAUUGUUCGCGCUAAAAACUAAAAUUGUAAUUUGCUGAUUUAUAAAUAUCUUGUGAAUAUUUUUGUGUUGCACAAAGUAGUAGUAGUCGUAGAU